GGAGAAGAGGAAAGACAGAAGAAGGAAAAGGGGAAGGAGGAGGAGAAGGAGGAAAGUAGGAAAAGGAGAAGGGGGAGGAGAAGCAGCAAGCCCUCGGCCCGAGCUGGAAGCCCUGUGUUUUGGGGGAAGCCUUGCGCAACCAGGCCAGCGUCCCUCAUGGCAGCAGCAGCAGCAGCAGGCGGGCCUUCCUCUUCCUCUUCCUCCUCCUCCUCCUCGGGGUCUCCUGCUGACUGAGGCGUUUGGCAACUCGAGCCCUUUCCUUCCUUCCUGGUUCCAGGGCCGCCCUCCACUUAGGCCCCGCAUUGAGCGAGGCGGCGCCGGCGGAGGCAGGAGUGUUACUGUUUUGCAAGCCAAAAGAAGCCUGGUACCAAUCCAAGCAUGGAUACGAUGCCAGUCUUGCCCCAGCUGUCAAGGUCUUCCUCAAGUGAUGAGACAAAAUUUUCCUUGCCACGACCAUUGAAGAAGUUUUAUUUGGGAGAACCAUUAGCCCUGGGGAUCACGCAGAUACUCAUAGCAAUUAUUGGAAUGGCUUUUGGGAUUCUGAUGGACAUCACCGAAAUACACUUUUUGUUCAGUACACCAUACUGGACUGGAGUCCUGUACAUCAUUUCAGGAUCUCUGUCUGUGGCAGCUGCCAGGAAUCCAAAGAUGUCACUGGUGAAAGGCAUGCUGGGAAUGAAUGUUGUGAGCGCUGUUGGAGCUGGCAUUUCGAUCGUAGUCCUCUCCUUAACAAUGUUAUAUACCACACCGCGAUGGCAUGACUCAUAUAUGUGUGAGCACUAUGAAAUCGCUGAAGAGGAGUGUCUUGCUAAAGUCAUCUCUUAUGAUACCUUAUGUGGAAUGCAAGUUGUUAUCCUGGUUUUCAUCAUCCUAGAGUUCUGCAUUUCCAUCUCAACUGCUGCCUUUGGAUGCAAGACCGUGUGCCGGGAUGCCUAUUCUGAAACGGUUGUGGUGCUUUAUCAGAACAUGACCCCCAUCAAUGCUACUAGCCAGACAGCUGAUUCCAAGGAUCCUGAGGCUCUCUGGACCCAACUUCCUUCAAACUAACUCUUCUGUCUCAUACUAAAACACCAAGGGCAAAAAUAUCAAAUAUGUAUCUAUGAACCAAAGAUAAUGCAGAAUGGAGCUUUUGAAACAAAUUUGAAUAUUUUGCCUAAAAUUUAGAUAGCAGAUUAAGAACAUGGAAGCUCUUAAAAGGGGGGGGGGGAAAGCAAAAAAUGGGGUUGCUUUUUAAAAUUAAAAACCAAUUUUUUAUAAAGAAAUAUAUAUAU